UGUGUUGUAGAGGAUGUUGGUGAUGAAGGAGAGGAAGAAAAAGAAUUCAUUUCCUAUAACAUCAACAUCGACAUUCAUUACGGAGUGAAGUCCAACAGCUUGGCGUUCAUUAAGCGGACUCCGGUAAUCGAUGCAGACAAACCAGUGUCUUCUCAGCUCCGAGUGCUCACCCUCAGUGAAGACUCGCCUUACGAAACCUUGCAUUCUUUCAUUAGCAAUGCGGUGGCUCCUUUUUUCAAGUCCUACAUCAGAGAGUCUGGCAAGGCAGACAGGGAUGGUGAUAAAAUGGCUCCCUCGGUUGAGAAAAAGAUCGCAGAACUUGAAAUGGGUCUCCUCCACCUGCAGCAGAAUAUUGAGAUCCCAGAGAUCAGCCUGCCCAUCCACCCAAUCAUUACAAACGUGGCAAAGCAGUGCUAUGAACGUGGAGAAAAGCCGAAAGUCACAGACUUCGGAGAUAAGGUCGAAGACCCAACUUUUCUCAACCAGUUACAGUCUGGAGUCAACCGCUGGAUCCGAGAAAUUCAGAAAGUGACCAAACUUGAUCGAGACCCUGCGUCAGGAACUGCCUUGCAGGAAAUCAGCUUUUGGCUAAACCUGGAACGUGCGCUCUAUCGCAUCCAGGAGAAACGAGAGAGCCCGGAAGUUCUCCUCACCCUGGAUAUCUUGAAACACGGCAAACGCUUCCACGCCACCGUCAGCUUCGACACAGACACAGGUCUAAAACAGGCCUUGGAAACUGUGAAUGACUACAACCCUCUGAUGAAAGAUUUUCCUCUCAAUGACCUGCUGUCUGCCACCGAGCUGGACAAGAUAAGGCAGGCACUGGUCGCCAUUUUCACCCAUUUGAGAAAGAUCCGAAACACAAAAUACCCCAUUCAGAGAGCAUUGCGUUUGGUGGAGGCGAUUUCCAGAGACUUGAGUUCUCAGUUACUCAAAGUGUUGGGCACUAGAAAAUUGAUGCAUGUUGCUUACGAAGAAUUUGAAAAAGUUAUGGUAGCAUGCUUUGAAGUUUUUCAGACCUGGGAUGACGAAUAUGAGAAGCUUCAGGUGUUACUGAGAGACAUCGUCAAAAGAAAGAGGGAGGAAAACCUGAAGAUGGUGUGGCGGAUCAACCCCGCGCACAGGAAGCUGCAGGCGCGCCUUGACCAGAUGCGGAAGUUCAGGCGCCAGCACGAGCAGCUGAGAGCCGUCAUCGUCAGGGUGCUGCGGCCUCAGGUCACAGCAGUGGCGCAGCAGAACCAAGGAGAGGUGCCUGAGCCCCAGGACAUGAAAGUCGCCGAGGUUCUCUUUGACGCCGCGGACGCGAAUGCCAUCGAGGAAGUAAACCUCGCUUACGAGAACGUCAAGGAGGUCGACGGGCUCGACGUUUCCAAAGAAGGCACAGAGGCGUGGGAGGCCGCCAUGAAGAGGUACGACGAGAGGAUCGACAGGGUGGAGACCCGCAUCACCGCUCGCCUUCGAGACCAGCUGGGCACCGCCAAGAAUGCCAACGAGAUGUUUAGGAUCUUCUCCAGGUUCAACGCCCUGUUUGUCAGGCCUCACAUUCGUGGGGCCAUCCGUGAGUACCAGACCCAGCUCAUCCAGCGCGUGAAAGACGACAUCGAGUCUCUUCACGACAAGUUCAAGGUGCAGUACCCACAAAGCCAGGCGUGUAAGAUGAGCCACGUGCGGGACCUGCCGCCCGUGUCGGGGUCCAUCAUCUGGGCAAAGCAGAUCGACAGGCAGCUGACAGCCUACAUGAAGCGUGUAGAGGACGUGCUGGGCAAGGGCUGGGAGAACCACGUGGAAGGGCAGAAGCUGAAGCAGGACGGAGACAGUUUCCGCAUGAAGCUCAAUACGCAGGAGAUCUUCGAUGACUGGGCCAGGAAGGUGCAGCAGCGGAACCUCGGCGUCUCGGGGCGCAUCUUCACCAUCGAGAGUACCCGGGUUCGGGGCCGCACGGGAAACGUCCUGAAGCUGAAAGUGAACUUCCUGCCCGAGAUCAUCACGCUUUCCAAGGAAGUCCGCAACCUCAAGUGGCUUGGGUUCCGCGUCCCGCUGGCCAUCGUCAACAAGGCGCACCAGGCCAACCAGCUGUACCCGUUCGCCAUCUCGCUGAUCGAGAGCGUGCGCACCUACGAGCGUACCUGCGAGAAGGUGGAGGAGCGGAGCACCAUCUCGCUCCUGGUGGCGGGCUUGAAGAAGGAAGUGCAGGCGCUGAUCGCAGAGGGCAUCGCGCUAGUGUGGGAGUCCUACAAGCUCGACCCCUACGUGCAGCGCUUGGCAGAGACCGUCUUCAACUUCCAGGAAAAGGUGGAUGACCUGCUGAUCAUUGAAGAGAAGAUAGACCUGGAGGUCCGGUCCCUGGAAACGUGCAUGUACGACCACAAGACCUUCUCGGAGAUCCUGAACAGGGUCCAGAAAGCAGUGGAUGACCUAAACCUGCACUCCUACUCCAACCUGCCCAUCUGGGUCAACAAGCUGGACAUGGAGAUUGAAAGAAUAUUGGGUGUUCGCCUGCAAGCUGGCCUCAGAGCUUGGACCCAGGUCCUUCUCGGACAAGCUGAAGAUAAAGCAGAAGUCGACAUGGACACGGACGCACCCCAAGUUAGCCACAAGCCCGGCGGAGAGCCCAAGAUCAAAAAUGUUGUGCACGAGCUGAGAAUAACCAACCAGGUCAUCUACCUGAACCCGCCCAUUGAGGAGUGCAGGUACAAGCUCUAUCAGGAAAUGUUUGCUUGGAAGAUGAUUGUGCUGUCCCUUCCCAGGAUCCAGAGUCAGAGGUACCAGGUGGGUGUCCACUACGAGCUGACCGAGGAGGAGAAGUUCUACCGGAACGCCCUAACGCGGAUGCCCGACGGCCCCGUGGCCCUGGAGGAGUCCUACUCUGCGGUCAUGGGCAUCGUGACCGAGGUGGAGCAGUAUGUCAAGGUCUGGCUGCAGUACCAGUGCCUGUGGGACAUGCAGGCCGAGAACAUCUACAACAGGCUGGGGGAGGACCUCAACAAGUGGCAGGCACUGCUGGUGCAGAUACGGAAGGCCAGGGGCACCUUCGACAACGCGGAAACCAGGAAGGAGUUCGGGCCCGUGGUCAUCGACUACGGCAAGGUCCAGUCCAAGGUGAACCUGAAGUACGACUCCUGGCACAAGGAGGUCCUCAGCAAGUUUGGGCAGAUGCUCGGCUCAAACAUGACGGACUUCCACUCCCAGAUCUCCAAGUCUCGCCAAGAGCUGGAGCAGCACUCCGUGGACACGGCCAGCACGUCCGACGCCGUGACCUUCAUCACCUACGUGCAGUCUCUCAAACGCAAGAUCAAGCAGUUUGAGAAACAAGUGGAGCUCUACCGCAACGGCCAGCGUCUGCUGGAAAAGCAGAGGUUCCAGUUCCCCCCGUCUUGGCUCUACAUCGACAACAUCGAGGGGGAGUGGGGGGCCUUCAAUGACAUCAUGCGGAGGAAGGACUCUGCCAUCCAGCAGCAGGUGGCAAACCUGCAAAUGAAGAUUGUCCAGGAGGACCGGGCCGUGGAGAGCCGCACCACAGACCUGCUGACGGACUGGGAGCGCACCAAGCCGGUCACGGGCAAUCUCCGCCCGGAGGAGGCGCUGCAGGCUCUCACCAUCUACGAGGGCAAGUUUGGCAGGCUGAAGGACGACCGGGAGAAGUGUGCGAAGGCCAAGGAGGCCCUGGAAUUGACAGACACGGGGCUUCUCAGCGGCAGUGAGGAGCGUGUCCAGGUGGCCUUAGAGGAAUUACAGGACCUCAAGGGUGUUUGGUCAGAACUUUCUAAGGUCUGGGAGCAGAUUGACCAGAUGAAGGAGCAGCCCUGGGUUUCCGUACAGCCGCGCAAGCUUCGGCAAAAUCUGGAUGGGCUUUUGAACCAGCUGAAAAACUUCCCGGCGCGCCUGCGGCAGUACGCCUCCUAUGAGUUUGUCCAGAGGCUCCUGAAGGGCUACCUGAAGAUCAACAUGCUGGUGAUCGAGCUGAAGUCCGAGGCGCUCAAGGACCGCCACUGGAAGCAGCUGAUGAAGCGGCUGCACGUGAACUGGGUUGUCUCUGAGCUGACCCUUGGCCAGGUCUGGGACGUCGACUUGCAGAAAAACGAGGCUGUUGUGAAGGAUGUGCUGCUCGUGGCCCAAGGGGAAAUGGCCCUGGAAGAGUUUCUGAAGCAGAUCCGAGAGGUGUGGAACACCUACGAGCUGGACUUGGUCAACUACCAGAACAAGUGCCGCCUCAUUCGCGGCUGGGACGACCUCUUCAACAAGGUCAAGGAGCACAUCAACAGCGUCUCCGCCAUGAAGCUCUCCCCAUACUACAAGGUGUUUGAAGAGGAUGCCCUCAGCUGGGAAGACAAGCUGAACCGGAUCAUGGCUCUGUUUGACGUGUGGAUCGACGUGCAGCGGCGCUGGGUCUACCUGGAAGGCAUCUUCACGGGCAGUGCGGACAUCAAGCACCUCCUGUUCUAUUUUGUGGGUGAUGAAGAUUUGCUUGAAAUCAUUGGGAACAGUAAAAAUGUGGCGAAGUUACAGAAGCAUUUCAAGAAAAUGUUUGCAGGAGUCUCAAGCAUCAUCCUAAACGAGGAUAACUCUGUCGUCCUGGGCAUCUCAUCCCGGGAAGGGGAGGAGGUCAUGUUCAAAACUCCCGUGUCCAUUACCGAGCACCCCAAAAUCAACGAGUGGCUCACGCUGGUGGAGAAGGAAAUGAGAGUCACCUUGGCCAAGCUCCUGGCCGAGUCUGUCACGGAAGUGGAGGUUUUUGGUAAAGCGACUUCAAUUGACCCGAACACCUACAUCACUUGGAUCGAUAAAUACCAGGCCCAGCUUGUGGUCUUGUCGGCCCAGAUAGCCUGGUCUGAAAAUGUGGAGACGGCGCUGGGCAGCAUGGGGGGCAGUGGGGACGCUGCGCCCCUGCACUCGGUGCUGAGCAACGUGGAGGUCACCCUCAACGUGCUGGCCGACUCGGUCCUCAUGGAGCAGCCCCCGCUGCGCAGGCGCAAGCUGGAGCACUUGAUUACAGAGCUGGUUCACCAGCGAGAUGUGACGAGGUCCUUGAUCAGGAGCAGGAUCGACAGCGCCAAGUCCUUCGAGUGGCUCAGCCAGAUGCGGUUCUACUUCGACCCGAAGCAGACCGACGUGCUGCAGCAGCUGUCGAUCCAGAUGGCCAACGCCAAGUUCAACUAUGGCUUCGAGUACCUGGGUGUUCAGGACAAGCUGGUCCAGACCCCUCUCACCGACCGCUGCUACCUGACCAUGACACAGGCCUUGGAGGCCAGGCUCGGGGGGUCCCCCUUCGGGCCUGCGGGGACAGGGAAAACGGAGUCCGUCAAAGCUCUUGGCCACCAGCUGGGCCGGUUUGUUUUAGUUUUCAACUGCGAUGAGACCUUUGAUUUUCAGGCGAUGGGCCGGAUCUUCGUGGGGCUGUGCCAGGUGGGCGCGUGGGGCUGCUUCGACGAGUUCAACCGCCUGGAGGAGCGGAUGCUGUCCGCCGUGUCCCAGCAGGUGCAGUGCAUCCAGGAGGCCCUGCGCGAGCACUCCAGCCCCAGCCACGACAAGGCCUCUGCCCCCAUUACCUGUGAGCUGCUGAACAAGCAGGUCAAGGUGAGCCCAGACAUGGCCAUCUUCAUCACCAUGAACCCCGGCUACGCGGGCAGGUCGAACCUCCCCGACAACUUGAAGAAGCUGUUCCGGAGCCUGGCCAUGACCAAGCCGGACCGGCAGCUCAUCGCCCAGGUCAUGCUGUACUCUCAGGGCUUCCGCACGGCCGAGGUUCUCGCCAACAAGAUUGUCCCCUUCUUUAAACUGUGUGAUGAGCAGCUCUCGUCUCAAAGCCACUAUGACUUCGGUCUCCGAGCUUUGAAGAGUGUGCUGGUAAGUGCAGGUAACGUCAAGAGGGAGAGGAUUCAGAAGAUAAAGAGGGAGAAAGAAGAGCGAGGCGAAGCAGUUGAUGAAGGCGAAAUUGCAGAAAAUCUGCCUGAACAAGAGAUUCUCAUCCAGAGCGUCUGCGAGACGAUGGUGCCCAAGCUGGUGGCCGAGGACAUCCCGCUGCUCUUCAGCCUGCUGUCGGACGUGUUCCCGGGAGUGCAGUACCACCGGGGCGAGAUGACGGCGCUGCGCGAGGAGCUGCGGAGGGUGUGUCAGGAGAUGUACCUGACCUACGGGGACGGAGAAGAGGUCGGCGGCAUGUGGGUGGAGAAGGUGCUGCAGCUCUACCAGAUCACGCAGAUCAACCACGGCCUGAUGAUGGUGGGGCCCUCGGGCAGUGGGAAGAGCAUGGCCUGGCGUGUCCUUCUGAAGGCCUUGGAGCGCCUGGAGGGCGUCGAGGGUGUGGCCCACAUCAUUGACCCCAAGGCCAUCAGCAAAGACCACCUCUACGGGACGCUGGACCCCAACACCAGGGAGUGGACAGACGGGCUCUUCACACACGUUCUGCGGAAGAUCAUCGACAACGUGCGGGGCGAGCUGCAGAAGCGCCAGUGGAUCGUCUUCGACGGCGACGUAGACCCCGAGUGGGUGGAGAACCUCAACUCUGUGCUGGACGACAAUAAGCUCCUCACCUUGCCCAACGGGGAGCGCCUCAGCCUGCCCCCCAACGUCCGGAUAAUGUUUGAAGUGCAGGACCUGAAGUACGCCACCCUGGCCACGGUGUCGCGCUGCGGCAUGGUCUGGUUCAGCGAGGACGUGCUCAGCACCGACAUGAUCUUCAACAACUUCCUGGCCCGGCUGCGCAGCAUCCCCCUGGACGAGGGCGAGGAGGAGGCGCAGCGCCGGCGCAAGGGCAAGGAGGACGAGGGCGAGGAGGCGGCGUCCCCCAUGCUGCAGAUCCAGAGGGACGCGGCCACCAUCAUGCAGCCGUACUUCACGUCCAACGGGCUGGUCACCAAGGCCCUGGAGCACGCCUUCAAGCUGGAGCACAUCAUGGACCUGACGCGCCUGCGCUGCCUGGGCUCGCUCUUCUCCAUGCUGCACCAGGCCUGCCGGAACGUGGCCCAGUACAACGCCAACCACCCCGACUUCCCCAUGCAGAUAGAGCAGCUGGAGCGCUACAUCCAGCGGUACCUGGUGUACGCCAUACUGUGGUCCCUGUCUGGAGACAGUCGGCUGAAAAUGAGAGCGGAGCUGGGCGAGUACAUCAGGAGGAUCACCACAGUGCCCCUGCCUGCCGCCCCCAACGUUCCCAUCAUCGAUUACGAAGUGUCCAUCAGUGGGGAGUGGUCGCCGUGGCAAGCCAAGGUGCCCCAGAUCGAAGUGGAGACGCACAAGGUGGCUGCCCCUGACGUCGUCGUGCCCACCCUGGACACCGUCCGCCACGAGGCCCUCCUGUACACCUGGCUGGCCGAGCACAAGCCGCUGGUUCUGUGCGGGCCCCCGGGGUCUGGAAAGACCAUGACGCUCUUCAGCGCCCUGCGGGCCCUGCCCGACAUGGAGGUCGUGGGCCUCAACUUCUCGAGUGCCACUACGCCGGAGCUCCUGCUGAAGACUUUCGACCACUACUGCGAGUACAGGCGCACGCCCAGCGGCGUGGUCCUGGCCCCCGUUCAGCUUGGGAAGUGGCUGGUCUUGUUCUGUGACGAAAUCAACUUGCCAGACAUGGACAAAUACGGGACGCAGAGGGUCAUCUCCUUCAUCAGACAGAUGGUGGAGCACGGAGGCUUCUAUCGGACCUCAGACCAGACCUGGGUGAAGCUGGAGAGAAUCCAGUUUGUGGGGGCUUGCAACCCCCCCACGGACCCCGGAAGAAAGCCCCUCUCGCACGAGCGCUUCACGCAGGACACGCAGCCGCACUACAUAUACUCGCCCCGGGAAAUGACUCGCUGGGUGAGGGGCAUCUUCGAGGCUCUGAGGCCUCUGGAGACUCUGCCCGUCGAAGGCCUCAUCCGGAUUUGGGCACACGAAGCCCUCCGUCUCUUCCAAGACAGGCUUGUGGAAGACGAGGAGAGACGCUGGACUGACGAAAACAUCGACAUGGUUGCUCUGAAGCACUUCCCCAACAUAGACAAAGAGAAGGCAGCCAGCCGGCCCAUCCUGUACAGCAACUGGCUGUCCAAGGAUUACACCCCAGUAGACCAAGAGGAGCUGCGGGAUUACGUCAAAGCCCGGCUGAAGGUCUUCUACGAGGAGGAGCUCGACGUGCCCCUGGUCCUGUUCAAUGAGGUGUUAGACCACGUGCUCAGGAUUGACAGAAUAUUCCGUCAGCCUCAAGGCCACCUGCUUCUGAUUGGUGUCAGUGGGGCAGGAAAAACCACCCUCUCCCGCUUCGUGGCCUGGAUGAACGGCCUGAGUGUGUACCAGAUCAAGGUGCACCGGAAGUACACGGGGGAGGACUUCGACGAGGACCUGCGGACGGUGCUGCGGCGCUCUGGCUGCAAGAACGAGAAGAUCGCGUUCAUCAUGGACGAGUCCAACGUGCUGGACUCGGGCUUCCUGGAGCGGAUGAACACCCUGCUGGCCAACGGAGAGGUGCCAGGUCUCUUCGAGGGAGACGAGUACGCCACCUUGAUGACCCAGUGCAAGGAGGGCGCCCAGAAGGAGGGCCUGAUGCUGGACUCGCACGAGGAGUUGUACAAGUGGUUCACCAGCCAGGUCAUCCGCAACCUGCACGUGGUCUUCACCAUGAACCCCUCCUCGGAGGGGCUCAAGGACCGCGCGGCCACGUCGCCCGCGCUGUUCAACAGGUGUGUGCUGAACUGGUUUGGGGACUGGUCCACCGAGGCGCUGUACCAAGUCGGCAAAGAGUUCACCAGUAAGAUGGACCUGGAGAAGCCCAGCUAUAUCGUGCCUGACUACAUGCCUGUCGUGUACGACAAGCUGCCGCAGCCGCCCACGCACCGGGAGGCCAUCGUCAACAGCUGCGUGUUUGUGCACCAGACGCUUCACCAGGCGAAUGCCCGGCUGGCCAAGCGAGGCGGCAGGACCAUGGCCAUCACGCCCCGCCACUACCUGGACUUCAUCAACCACUAUGCCAACCUGUUCCACGAGAAGCGCAGCGAGCUGGAGGAGCAGCAGAUGCACCUGAACGUGGGGCUCAGGAAGAUCAAAGAGACCGUCGACCAGGUGGAAGAGCUGCGUCGUGACCUCAGGAUAAAGAGCCAAGAGCUAGAGGUCAAGAAUGCGGCCGCCAACGACAAGCUGAAGAAGAUGGUGAAAGACCAGCAAGAGGCUGAAAAGAAAAAGGUCAUGAGCCAGGAAAUUCAGGAGCAGUUGCAUAAGCAGCAGGAGGUCAUUGCAGACAAGCAGAUGAGUGUCAAAGAAGACCUGGACAAGGUGGAGCCGGCCGUCAUCGAGGCCCAGAACGCGGUCAAGUCCAUCAAGAAGCAGCACCUGGUGGAGGUCCGCUCCAUGGCCAACCCGCCGGCCGCCGUGAAGCUGGCGCUCGAGUCCAUCUGCCUGCUGCUGGGGGAGAGCACGGCGGACUGGAAGCAGAUCCGCUCCAUCAUCAUGCGGGAGAACUUCAUCCCCACCAUCGUGAACUUCUCGGCCGAGGAGAUCAGUGACGCCAUCAGGGAGAAGAUGAAGAAGAACUACAUGUCCAACCCCAGCUACAACUACGAGAUCGUCAACCGGGCUUCCCUGGCCUGCGGCCCGAUGGUCAAGUGGGCGAUCGCACAGCUUAACUACGCGGACAUGCUGAAGCGGGUGGAGCCCCUGCGCAACGAGCUGCAGAAGCUGGAGGACGACGCCAAGGACAACCAGCAGAAGGCCAACGAGGUGGAGCAGAUGAUCCGGGACCUGGAGGCCAGCAUCGCCCGCUACAAGGAGGAGUACGCCGUGCUCAUCUCAGAGGCCCAGGCCAUCAAAGCCGACCUGGCUGCUGUCGAGGCGAAAGUGAACCGGAGCACCGCUCUCCUGAAGAGCCUGUCUGCCGAGCGGGAGCGGUGGGAGAAGACGAGCGAGACUUUCAAGAACCAGAUGUCCACCAUCGCAGGGGACUGCCUCCUCUCAGCUGCCUUCGUCGCGUAUGCCGGCUACUUCGACCAGCAGAUGCGCCAGAACUUGUUCACCACCUGGUCCCAUCACUUGCAGCAAGCCAACGUGCAGUUCCGCACAGACAUCGCCAGGACCGAGUACCUGUCCAACGCCGACGAGCGCCUGCGCUGGCAGGCCAGCUCCCUGCCCGCCGACGACCUGUGCACGGAGAACGCCAUCAUGCUGAAGCGCUUCAACAGGUACCCGCUCAUCAUCGACCCUUCAGGGCAGGCCACGGAGUUCAUCAUGAACGAGUACAAGGACCGCAAGAUCACGCGUACCAGCUUCCUGGACGAUGCCUUCAGGAAGAACCUGGAGAGCGCCCUACGGUUCGGAAACCCCCUUCUGGUCCAGGACGUGGAGAGCUACGACCCGGUCUUGAACCCGGUGCUGAACCGUGAGGUCCGGCGCACAGGGGGCAGAGUGCUCAUCACCCUCGGGGACCAGGACAUAGACCUGUCGCCGUCGUUCGUCAUCUUCCUGUCUACCCGGGACCCCACGGUCGAGUUCCCACCAGACCUGUGCUCCCGGGUCACCUUCGUCAACUUCACGGUCACGCGCAGCAGCUUACAGAGCCAGUGCCUGAAUGAAGUGCUCAAAGCAGAGAGGCCCGACGUGGAUGAGAAACGCUCCGACCUCCUCAAACUCCAAGGGGAGUUCCAGCUCCGGCUGCGCCAGCUGGAAAAGUCCCUGCUGCAAGCCCUGAACGAGGUGAAGGGGCGCAUCCUGGACGACGACACCAUCAUAACGACGCUGGAGAACCUCAAGAGGGAGGCGGCCGAGGUGACGCGCAAAGUGGAGGAGACGGACAUCGUGAUGCAGGAGGUGGAGACCGUGUCCCAGCAGUACCUGCCGCUGUCCACCGCCUGCAGCAGCAUCUACUUCACCAUGGAGUCGCUGAAGCAGAUCCACUUCCUGUACCAGUACUCCCUCCAGUUCUUCCUGGACAUCUACCACAACGUCCUGUACGAGAACCCCAACCUGAAGGGCAUCACUGACCACACGCAGCGCCUCUCCAUCAUCACCAAGGACCUCUUCCAGGUGGCGUUCAACCGUGUGGCACGCGGCAUGCUGCACCAGGACCACAUCACCUUCGCCAUGCUGCUCGCCAGGAUCAAGCUCAAGGGCACGGUGGGCGAGCCCACCUAUGAUGCUGAAUUCCAGCACUUCUUGAGGGGGAAGGAGAUCGUCCUGAGUGCUGGAGCCACCCCCAAGGUCCAGGGCCUGACCGUCGAGCAGGCCGAAGCAGUGGUGCGGCUGAGCUGUCUCCCUGCGUUUAAGGAUCUGAUUGCGAAGGUUCAGGCAGACGACCAAUUUGGCAUCUGGCUGGACAGCAGCUCCCCAGAGCAGACAGUGCCCUACCUCUGGAGUGAAGACACCCCUGCCACUCCCAUCGGGCAGGCCAUCCACCGCCUGCUCCUGAUUCAGGCUUUCCGCCCCGACCGCCUGCUGGCCAUGGCCCACAUGUUUGUUUCAACAAACCUCGGGGAGUCCUUCAUGUCCAUCAUGGAGCAGCCGCUCGACCUGACCCACAUCGUGGACACGGAGGUGAAGCCAAACACGCCCGUGUUGAUGUGCUCUGUGCCCGGCUACGACGCCAGCGGGCACGUGGAGGACCUGGCGGCAGAGCAGAACACCCAGAUCACCUCGAUUGCCAUCGGCUCCGCGGAAGGCUUCAGCCAGGCGGAUAAGGCCAUCAACACAGCCGUGAAGUCCGGCAGGUGGGUGAUGCUGAAGAACGUGCACCUGGCGCCCGGCUGGCUGAUGCAGCUGGAGAAGAAGCUGCACUCGCUGCAGCCGCACGCCUGCUUCAGGCUGUUCCUCACCAUGGAGAUCAACCCCAAGGUGCCCGUGAACCUGCUCCGCGCGGGCCGCAUCUUCGUGUUCGAGCCGCCCCCGGGGGUGAAGGCCAACAUGCUGAGGACCUUCAGCAGCAUCCCCGUCUCGCGCAUCUGCAAGUCUCCCAACGAGCGCGCCCGCCUGUACUUCCUGCUGGCCUGGUUCCACGCCAUCAUCCAGGAGCGCCUGCGCUACGCGCCCUUGGGGUGGUCCAAGAAGUACGAAUUCGGGGAGUCUGACCUGCGGUCAGCCUGCGACACAGUGGACACCUGGCUGGACGACACGGCAAAGGGGCGGCAGAACAUCUCGCCGGACAAGAUCCCCUGGUCGGCCCUGAAGACACUGAUGGCCCAGUCCAUCUACGGCGGCCGGGUGGACAACGAGUUCGACCAGCGCCUGCUCAGCACCUUCCUGGAGCGUCUCUUCACCACCAAGAGCUUCGACAGCGAGUUCAAGCUGGCCUGCAAGGUCGACGGGCACAAGGACAUCCAGAUGCCGGACGGCAUCAGGCGAGAGGAGUUUGUGCAGUGGGUGGAGCUGCUCCCCGACACGCAGACGCCCUCCUGGCUGGGCCUGCCCAACAACGCCGAGCGGGUCCUGCUCACCACCCAGGGCGUGGACAUGAUCAGCAAGAUGCUGAAGAUGCAGAUGCUGGAGGACGAGGACGACCUGGCGUACGCCGAGACCGAGAAGAAGACUCGGGCGGACUCCACGUCCGACGGGCGCCCCACCUGGAUGAGGACGCUGCACACCACCGCCUCCAACUGGCUGCACCUCAUCCCCCAGACGCUCAGCCACCUCAAGCGGACGGUGGAGAACAUCAAGGACCCGCUGUUCAGGUUCUUUGAGCGGGAGGUGAAGAUGGGCGCCAAGCUGCUGCAGGACGUGCGCCAGGAUCUCGCCGACGUCGUGCAAGUGUGCGAAGGGAAGAAGAAGCAGACCAACUACCUGCGGACACUCAUCAACGAGCUGGUGAAGGGCAUCUUACCUCGAAGCUGGUCGCACUACACGGUGCCCGCGGGCAUGACCGUCAUCCAGUGGGUGGCCGACUUCAGCGAGCGGAUCAAGCAGCUGCAGAACAUCUCCCAGGCGGCGGCGGCGGGCGGCGCCAAGGAGCUCAAGAACAUCCACGUGUGCCUGGGGGGCCUGUUUGUGCCCGAGGCCUACAUCACCGCCACCAGGCAGUAUGUGGCCCAGGCCAACAGCUGGUCCCUGGAGGAGCUCUGCCUGGAGGUCAGCGUCACCACCUCACAGACCACCAACCUGGACGCCUGCAGCUUUGGGGUCACAGGCCUGAAGCUGCAGGGGGCCACGUGCACCAACAACAAGCUGUCGCUCUCCAACGCCAUCUCCACCGUGCUCCCGCUGACACAGCUGCGCUGGGUCAAGCAGACUAACGCAGAGAAAAAGGCGAACGUGGUGACGCUGCCCGUGUACCUGAACUUCACCCGGGCCGACCUCAUCUUCACGGUCGACUUUGAAAUCGCCACGAAGGAAGACCCACGCAGCUUCUACGAGCGUGGCGUGGCCGUCCUCUGCACAGAGUGAGCCGGCGGGGCGGUCUGACGGUGUUCACAGCGGCCGGAUGGCGCGACGGGCCACAGGCGAGGCCGGUCUGAAUCGGGAGGGCGCGGGGAGCCUGAGGGUGGGAGCUGAGCAGCGCUGCCCCGGCUGACCACGGGAAUAAAACACUAAGCACCA